UGCACACAGGGGGCGGGGCUCGGGACAGAGACGACGCGGCACGUUACGUUGAUGCGCCUCGCGAAACAUGUCGGCGUCUGAGACAACGACGAAGGAGCCUCCUGGAGGAAAUGACUCAGAGACACUAGCUGAGUCGUUAGCCGGACCAAGUCAAGUAAAGGAAGAUAAUGCAGCCUCCACCACAGCUGCCGUUGCCAAGAAGACACAGCCCAUGGGUGGUAUGUCAUCAAUGCUGUCAUCACAGCAGCCUGGGAAGGAUGCUUCAAGCGCUGGAGAGGAGGGAGUGAAAUGGGCACCUGCCUCUUCCCCAACCAAACCAGCAGCAGGACAUGCAGCAAAGUCCAUUUCAUCUGUGUCCUGCUCUUCGUAUUCCUCCUCUCCUUCCACGUCUACAACGAUGUCUCCUGGCCGAGCAAAGAUGAGUGUUUCUGGACCUAGCAGUAGUAAAUCCGUCCUGGCACCUGCUCCUUCCUCCUUCUCCUUCUCCCCCUCAUCCUCCUCCUCAUCUUCCUCCUCCUCCUCCUCUUCCUCUUCAUCCUCUGCCACAGCUUCUUCGUCUCCUUCUGUCUCCCCUGCCCCAACCAAGAUCCACCGGGCCCGCAAGACCAUGAACAGGCCUCCACCAGGGCAGAUGAGCCAAGUUGAGACACCUGUUGCACCUGUGACGCCUUCAGGAUCCGUAGACUCUGAAACUGUUGCAAAAAGGAGAAAACUGGGUCAGUUAUCCGAUGGCACACCUGAGAAGUCAGAGAACGUCCCAGAAAAUGCUCAAACUGUGGGAGAACCAUUAUUCCAUAAAAAGGUGGAGUCUGUUACCAAGAUCACACCAGAGAAAAGCAACAGCAGUGUGGGGAAGUCAGAGGAGGAAAUAGCGGAUAUUCAGAUUUCCAGUCCGUCCACUCAAGAUUCAGAAAAGUAUGAGGAUGGUGUGGCAGAAGCAAGAAAGCACACAAAAGACAUAGAGGGGUCAGUGAACAUGUCAGAUCAUAGUUCAGAGUGCAAAUCAAAGGGAGCCGUCCAAAGUAGAAAUGAGCGCGAGGAGUCUUUUUGGCUGCAGUCAGGCCAGGUCAAAGAGAGAACCGCAGCCGACGUGGUGGAGACAGUGGAAGCAGAGAGGCCCACUGAGUACACAGAGGUUCCCCUGGGUGCUCUGGACAUCGCUGCUGCUGACAGUCUGACACUUUCUCCUCAUCACGAAGGAAGUGAUGCAGGAGACACAGAGCGGCUGGAGGAGCUUCCUCUCUGCAGCUGCAGGAUGGAGGCUCCUCGAGUCGACAGCACCAGCCACCGCGUCAGCAGACAGUGUAUGGCCACCGAGAGCAUCAAUGGAGAGCUGAGGGCUUGUGCUGAUCGGACGAUAAAAGGGGAGACCAUGCGGCCGUCCAGUCGGGUGUCCCUCAUGGUGCUUUGCGACGUCCAUCGAUCACACAUGGUCAAACACCACUGCUGUCCUGGGUGUGGAUACUUCUGCAUAGCGGGCACAUUUCUCGAGUGCUGCCCGGACCAGCGCAUCGCUCACCGUUUCCACCGGGGUUGCGUGACGGUGCUGGGCAGCGGGCGCAGCAGAGCAAACGGCGGCGGUAUGCUUUUCUGUCCCCACUGCGGUGAAGAUGCCUCCGAGGCCCAGGAGGUCACCAUCCCCUCCUUCAGCUCAGCCACAGCCUCCGCAACCACCGUCGUCACCAUGUCGGCCUCCUCCACGACCACCCCGUCUCUGCCGCCCUCUGUCCCCACAGCACCCUCCCUCACGGCCUCAACGGGAGGGAUGAAGGACGGGAAGAUGCCUGAGCGACCCGUCAGCGCGCGUAUGCAUAGUCAUGGCUUGGUGACGCUGGCAGUGGAGCAGCAGCAGCAGCCCCCGCAACCUGUAGGCUCUGCCGCAACUGUGGCCACCAUCCCACCAGCAGAGGAGGGAGUGGACAGCGUGGGGCCCUCUCUCUGUAUGCCAAAUGGGAAACCCAUCAGCCCAAGUGCGCUUCCACCUGGGCCCAGCAGGGCAUCGCUGCAGAAAGCCAUUCUCACACAGGACACUGAGAGGAGGAAGAAACUGAGGUUCCACCCCCGCCAGCUUUACCCUGCGGCCAAGCAAGGAGAAGUGCAGAGAGUCCUGCUCAUGCUGAUGGAGGGCAUAGAUCCAACAUACCAGCCCGACUCUCAGAACCGGCGCUCGGCUCUACAUGCUGCUGCUCAGAGAGGUUUGCUGGAGGUCUGCUACAUUCUUGUUCAGGCCGGUGCUCAAGUGGAUGCCCAGGACAAGGACCUCAGGACCCCUCUGUUGGAAGCGAUCAUCAACAAUCACAUUGAGGUGGCUCAUUACCUGAUCCAGAACGGUGCCACUGUCUAUCAUGUUGAGGAGGAUGGAUAUACUGGCCUCCACCACGCAGCCAAGCUUGGGAACCUGGAAAUUGUCAACAUGCUUUUAGAAACGGGGCAGGUUGAUGUAAACGCACAGGACAACGGUGGCUGGACGCCGAUCAUCUGGUCUGCAGAGCACAAACACGUAGAUGUGAUAAAAGUGCUGCUGAACAGAGGCGCUGAUGUCACCAUUAGUGAUAAGUCCCAUCCCUCCCUUCAGGAGCUGAACGUGUGCCUCCACUGGGCGGCGUAUGCAGGGAAUGUGGAUAUAGCCGAGCUGGUGUUGAACUCUGGCUGCUCCCUCGCCUCAGUUAACAUGCACGGAGACACGCCGCUCCACAUCGCCGCCAGAGAAGGCUACCUGGAAUGUGUUACGCUGUUCCUGUCCAGAGGUGCAGACAUUGACAUCAUGAACAGGGAAGGAGACACGCCGCUCAGCCUGGCACGGGUCGACACGCCGGUGUGGGUGGCACUCCAGAUCAACCGGAAGCUGAGAAGGGGAAUAACCAAUCGCAUGCUUCGUACUGAGAGAAUUAUCAGCAGUGACAUAGCGCAGGGCUAUGAGAACGUGCCGAUACCCUGCGUGAAUGCAGUGGACGACGAGGGCUGUCCUUCAGACUACAAAUAUGUUUCAGAAAACUGUGAAACUUCAGCAAUGAACAUCGACCGCAAUAUUACACACUUGCAGCACUGUAGCUGCUCUGAUGACUGCUCCUCUAGCAACUGCCUGUGUGGACAGCUCAGUAUCCGCUGCUGGUACGACAAGGACCAGCGGCUGCUCCAGGAAUUCAACAAAAUUGAACCCCCACUUAUAUUUGAAUGCAACAUGGCUUGUUCCUGUUACCGAACGUGCAAGAACAGAGUCGUACAGGCAGGCAUCAAAGUGCGCCUUCAGCUCUACAGGACAGAGAAGAUGGGCUGGGGAGUUCGAGCUCUGCAGGAUAUUCCACAAGGAAGCUUCAUCUGCGAAUACGUCGGGGAGCUCAUCUCUGACGCAGAGGCAGACGUUAGAGAAGACGACUCCUACUUGUUUGACCUGGACAACAAGGACGGGGAGGUGUACUGUAUUGAUGCCCGGUACUAUGGCAACAUCAGCCGCUUCAUCAACCACCUGUGUGACCCAAACCUCAUCCCAGUACGCGUGUUCAUGCUGCACCAGGACCUGAGAUUUCCCCGCAUCGCCUUCUUCAGCUCCAGAGACAUCCACAGCGGACAAGAGCUGGGAUUCGACUACGGAGACCGCUUUUGGGACAUUAAGAGCAAGUAUUUCACAUGUCAGUGUGGAUCAGAGAAAUGCAAGCACUCAGCCGAAGCCAUCGCCUUGGAGCAGAACAGACUGGCUCGACUGGAGGCUUGCCCAGAAUCGGGAGCUGACUGUGGGAUGACCAUGCUGGGAAACUCUUAAAACACUUAAAAAAGGGGGCUUUGGAUCGACCUCAUCCAUUUCACAUGUGCGCAAUGGAAAUAUACUGUGAGGGUUUUAACAUCUUUAAAAUUAUGUGUUUGGUGCAUGGUGCUGUUUUCUGUUUUCUUGAAAUGUCUUUAUUUUUCUUGUUAAAGUUGAUCAUAUACCCUGUGGUAGAGGACAUGGGCCUAAACUAAUGUUUUAAACUGUGUGAUUCUGUACAUACAGUAUGUCUACUGUAUAUAUCACUGUCUGAUUUUCUUGGCACAUGAAGUUUGUGCAUUCGAAGUCUGCCAUCAUGUCAAACAUAUCUGUUUUCCAACAAACGUAAUGCAUUUAUGACACCGUACAGCAAUGAGUCCUCCCUAAGCCCACACUGGACACAAUGAGGACCUGUUUAUAUCAUUGUUUUUGUAUCAUUGUUACCAUUAUUUUCUUUAUUUUUAUACGCAUUGUUUUCUUUAUCACAUUUAGUGUAAUAAAUUAGCUCAUGAGUUGAUCUUUGGGCUCUUGUAUUAA